AUGCCUAAAGCAAUGAAGCCCAAUGGAAAGGCCCCUGCGACUUUCCCGUCGGCCCAAACGCCUCCAUGCACCCCUAUCGAUGAAAGUCCCCAGCAUUGUGUUAUUCAGAAGCCUGCCACACGAAACGAACUGAAAGAUCUUUUUGUAGAACUCAUAGAAGCCCUUCACGAAGUCAAGGGCACGAAAGCCAACACGUCGGCAAAGAAGCCCGAGAACCCACAGUUGGAAAAAGUGAAAGAUGCGAAAAGUCGAGCCUCGAAGCUUGAGUUCGUAACGGUUAAAGAAGUCUGGAACACACGGAGCCACAAGUACGAGAUUAUCGAAAACCCAGAUACUCAGUCUGAUGGGGACGACAAAUAUGAAGAGUACUUAUUCGUCGUUCGGCUUAAGUUCGAUCAAGAUAACAAGGCUGCUACGACCCACCUUGACAUCAAGUCGCCUGAACUAGUGGAGAUCUUGCGACGUGUGCUGGCAAAUGUAAAGGCCGUCAUCCUGAGGGAGGACAAGCCGUCUGUGGGAACUAUCCUGUUCCAGUUCUCUUCGAUCAUUCAGAAGCUAAUAAUACAUCUCAAUCUGCUCGUUGCAUUCCUAAACAAACACUUUUCGGCCACAAAAGAGAGACUGGAUCCUCUCCUUCAGCAUGGUGAAAUUACCUUUCCCCUCCUCUGGGCUCUGUUCAAGCCGAACGAGCUGAUCUUCACGACCGACUCUAGCUCGGAGCAGCCGAAAUGCUUUAUAUAUGAUUCUGGCCGAGUGGCGGCUCGCCCUGGAGAGGGGCUAGCCUUCGAGAUCGAAUGUCGCUCGUUGGAUUACGAUGGAAAAGCAUUCGGAGAGGUAACCUCGGUGCUCAAGAUCCCUCUUUUCCAGUCCGCCAAAAGGAUCAGUGAUCUUGAAGUGUUACCCCUGGAAUUCCACAAGGAUCAAGUUGAAGUCAAACGAAGUCUCGGCGCGCGAGGCCGCAAAUUCGUCGACCUCAUGAGUACGAACCACUGUGACUACAACGGUCUCGCGCAUGUCAAGAGAGAGAAGGGGCCAUUUAAAUUCCCCCUGAAGGGCCGUGUGGUCAUCGACGCAUCUUCCUUCAAGGAGAUGAACCCGAAUUAUGGACUACCUCGUGUCAAAAAAGAAGCCCGUGAUUCUCUUGGCUUCAGUUUGUACGAUGCCGAUUUCGAGAGGGAGAAGGAGCAGAAAACAGUGAAACAUCGGGAGCUGGACCCGAAAAAUAUGACUGGGGAGCAAUACAUCCUCUGCAAUCCGACAGUUCUGGGAUUCAGUCUGAGUAAAAGGAUAUGGGUUGGCAAAACGUUGACCGCAGAGGGCAUCGCUGCCGUCGUGAGAAGGCCUCUAUACACGGCUUGUGCUGGCGACCUCGGUACCGACGCGGUCCAGCUGGAAGAGCAUCUAUCUCGAAUUCUUGACCUUGUUCGUCGUUGGCGCGCGAUAUUUCUCCUGGAUGAGGCUGACGUCUUCUUGAGCGAUCGUAGCACCAAUAGCCUACAGCAGAACGGCAUGGUUUCCAUAUUUCUCCGCUUGCUCGAAUACUUCCAAGGAAUUAUGUUUCUCACCACUAACCGACUCACCACAUUGGACCCUGCGAUGCAGAGCCGGAUCCACUUUGGUCUCAAGUACACCGAAUUGAGCAAGCAAGCCAUGACCAGGGUCUGGAUGACAUUCUUAAAACGGGCUGGUGCUGAGAUCUCGGACAAAGACCUGGAGAAACUGGCGCAGAGGAGUUUCAACGGACGGCAGAUCAAAAACAUUGUUGGAGUCGCACGUGCGCUAGCCGGGAAAGGAGCAGUCAGGUUUGACCACAUCGAAGACGCCCGUGCCUACAGUGAAGAAUUCGAUCGCGACUGCACUGGUCCAGGUGCAGCAGAAAACAUGAACUCAUAUACAUGA